UCGACUCCUCAUCACUACAGUUCGCCCUGAACUUCUCCCGGCAGCGUGACUGGAGAUCCGCGGCGGUGAAUAAGCCUUUUUGGUUCGGCGCUUCGCGGUUUAAAGAAGACGCGUCAAACCCGUUUAAUAGGAGACAGCAGACAGUACAAGGUUAUAUCCGAGGCGUAGGCGUCGUGUUUCGCGUUUUUAAGCCCCGCCAGAGCGUCUUUAAUCGAAGUUUAGAAGUCGAGGCCCCGGCGAGGAGAGAGAGCUCGGAGAAAAAAGUUUUUGUUGUUGUCAUGUGACGAGCUACGUAUGCGGCGAUAAAGUGCGGCUUCUAUCAGCGUAUUUACCGAGUUUAUUUGCUUUAAACGCCCGAUAACUACCUUCCAAGAAUGCCUCAACCAAAAUAUAGGAAGAUAGCCGUGUUGGGGUACCGCUCAGUGGGAAAGUCCUCUCUCACUAUUCAGUUCGUGGAAGGACAGUUUGUAGAUUCCUAUGACCCCACUAUCGAAAACACUUUUAAUAAAAUGGUGUCCGUGAAUGGACAGGACUUUAACCUUCAACUGGUUGACACUGCUGGACAGGACGAGUAUUCAAUUUUCCCACAGUCCCAUUCAAUGGACAUUCACGGUUAUGUUCUGGUGUACUCUGUCACCUCAAUGAAAAGCUUUGAAGUGGUUCAGGUUCUACAUGACAAGCUGCUCGACAUGGUCGGAAAGAUACAGGUGCCUACUGUUCUGGUGGGAAACAAAAAAGACCUUCACAUGGAAAGGGUGAUUAAACCAGAAGAGGGCAAAAAGUUAGCUGACUCUUGGGGGGCUGCCUUCAUGGAAUCAUCUGCUAAGGAAAACCAGACAGCUGUAGAAGUUUUUAAGCGGAUUAUUCUGGAAAUGGAGAAAGCGGAUGGAAACGCCCCGUCAGAGGAGAAGAAAUGUUCCGUGAUGUAGGCGCUGGUUCCUUUCAAAGACAUGCAGAGAGCUCCCUGGCUGAGGUUAAGGGAGACAUCACCACCAGUCAACAUGACGCGCAGUACGGUGGGACUACUGUUCCCAAAACCCACCCACUCCUCACAGCAGACGGGAAGAUUCUUGUAUAAAACGAGAAAAACACGAGUGGUGAGCUGUCCAAAAAAAAAGAAAGAAAGAAAUCCCCAAAAGAAAGUGUCCUGUAGC